GGGGAGCUGUCGGCGCUCUCCUCAGACCGUCUUGUGGCUGCCCCGUUUCUCCUCCUCCCUCUCCGCCCCCCAUUCCGCCUCCGCCUCCGCCUCCCGGCUCAGCUUUGUCUCGCCGCCCCGCGCGCACCCGCUCGGCUCUCGGCGGCGCCGGGCCCCACGCUCCGGGCAGCGUCGUCCCUGCGCGCCGCGCGGGCCGCGGGCCGCCGGGGGGCCUGAGCGCCGCCCCCGCGCCAUGGUGUGAGCGCCGGCCGCCGCCCGCGCACGCUCCGUCCGCCCCUCGGCGCGGCCCGCGGCCGGCAGGAGCCCCGAGCCGGGCCGAGAGCCGGGCCCAGCCCGCCGCCACCGCCGCCCGCCCACCCCGGCCCCGGCCCCGGCCGCGCGCCGAGGGCUCUCGGGCCGGCCCGGCUGCCCGCGCGAGGAGGCGCGGCCGGCCGAGCGGCCUUCGGCUGAGAGCGACCACCACCGCCCGGUAUUUAUUAGUGCUUGUGGGGCGACAGAAAGGGAAAAUGGCGAACGACUCCCCUGCAAAAAGUCUGGUGGACAUCGACCUGUCCUCCCUGAGGGAUCCUGCUGGGAUUUUUGAGCUGGUGGAAGUGGUUGGCAAUGGCACCUAUGGACAAGUCUAUAAGGGUCGACAUGUUAAAACUGGUCAGCUGGCAGCGAUCAAAGUUAUGGAUGUUACUGAGGAUGAAGAGGAAGAAAUCAAACUGGAAAUUAAUAUGCUGAAGAAGUACUCUCAUCAUAGAAAUAUCGCAACAUAUUAUGGUGCUUUCAUUAAAAAGAGCCCUCCAGGACAUGAUGACCAACUCUGGCUUGUUAUGGAAUUCUGUGGGGCUGGGUCCAUUACAGACCUCGUGAAGAACACGAAAGGGAACACACUCAAGGAAGACUGGAUCGCUUACAUCUCCAGAGAAAUCCUGAGGGGACUGGCACAUCUUCACAUUCAUCAUGUGAUCCACCGGGACAUCAAGGGCCAGAAUGUAUUGCUGACCGAGAAUGCAGAGGUGAAACUUGUUGAUUUUGGUGUGAGUGCUCAGCUGGACAGGACGGUUGGGAGAAGGAACACGUUCAUCGGCACCCCGUACUGGAUGGCCCCCGAGGUCAUCGCCUGUGACGAGAACCCAGAUGCCACCUAUGACUACAGGAGUGACCUUUGGUCUUGUGGCAUUACAGCCAUUGAGAUGGCAGAAGGUGCUCCCCCCCUCUGUGACAUGCACCCAAUGAGAGCACUGUUCCUCAUUCCCAGAAACCCUCCUCCGCGGCUGAAGUCAAAAAAAUGGUCAAAGAAGUUUUUUAGUUUUAUAGAAGGGUGCCUGGUGAAGAAUUACAUGCAGCGGCCCUCCACAGAGCAGCUUUUGAAACAUCCUUUCAUAAGGGAUCAGCCAAAUGAAAGGCAAGUUAGAAUCCAGCUUAAGGACCACAUAGACCGGACCAGGAAGAAGCGAGGAGAGAAAGAUGAGACAGAGUAUGAGUACAGUGGAAGUGAGGAAGAGGAGGAGGAGGUGCCCGAGCAGGAGGGAGAGCCCAGUUCCAUCGUUAACGUGCCUGGUGAAUCUACUCUUCGACGGGAUUUCCUGAGACUGCAGCAGGAGAACAAGGAACGUUCUGAAGCUCUUCGGAGGCAGCAGCUCCUGCAAGAGCAGCAGCUCCGGGAGCAGGAGGAGUAUAAACGGCAGCUGCUGGCCGAGAGGCAGAAACGGAUCGAGCAGCAGAAGGAGCAGAGGCGGCGGCUGGAAGAGCAACAAAGGAGGGAGCGCGAAGCCAGGAGGCAGCAGGAACGGGAGCAGCGCCGGAGAGAGCAGGAGGAGAAGCGGCGGCUGGAGGAGCUGGAGAGGAGGCGGAAGGAGGAGGAGGAGAGGAGGCGGGCGGAGGAAGAGAAGCGGAGAGUCGAAAGGGAGCAGGAGUAUAUCAGGCGGCAGCUAGAAGAGGAGCAGCGGCACUUGGAGAUCCUUCAGCAGCAGCUGCUCCAGGAGCAGGCCGUGUUACUGGAGUAUCGGUGGCGGGAGAUGGAGGAGCACCGGCAGGCAGAGAGGCUCCAGAGGCAGUUGCAACAAGAACAAGCAUAUCUCCUGUCUCUACAGCACGACCACCGGAGGCCGCCCCCACAGCACCCGCAGCCGCCGCCACCACAGCCGCAGGACAGGAGCAGGCCCAGCUUCCACGCGCCGGAGCCCAAGGCCCACUACGAGCCCGAGCGAGUGCGCGAGGUGGAAGAUAGAUUUAGGAAAACUAACCACAGCUCCCCUGAAGCCCAGUCUAAGCAGACAGGCAAAGUUUUGGAGCCACCAGUGCCUUCCAGAUCAGAGUCUUUUUCCAAUGGCAACUCCGAGGCUGGACACCCUGCCCUGCAGAGACCAGUGGAGCCACAGGUACAGUGGUCCCACCUGGCAUCUCUCAAGAACAAUGUUUCCCCUGUCUCGCGAUCCCAUUCCUUCAGUGACCCUUCUCCUCCCAAAUUUGCACACCACCAUCUUCGUUCUCAGGACCCAUGUGCACCUUCCCGCAGUGAGGUGCUAGGUCAGAGUUCUGACUCUAAGUCGGAGCUGCCUGACCCCACCCAAAAGGCUUGGUCUAGAUCAGACAGUGACGAGGUGCCUCCAAGGGUUCCUGUUAGAACAACGUCUCGUUCCCCUGUUCUGUCCCGUCGAGAUUCCCCACUGCAGGGCAGUGGGCAGCAAAACAGCCAAGCAGGUCAAAGAAACUCCACAAGCAGUAUCGAGCCCAGGUUGCUAUGGGAGAGAGUGGAGAAGCUGGUGCCCAGGCCCGGCAGCGGCAGUUCCUCGGGGUCCAGCAAUUCGGGGUCCCAGCCCGGCUCUCAGAGCGGCUCUGGGGAGCGCUUCAGAGUGCGGUCAUCAUCCAAAUCUGAAGGCUCUCCAUCUCAGCGCCUUGAAAAUGCAGCCAAAAAACCUGAUGAUAAAAAGGAAGUCUUUAGACCUCUCAAACCUGCUGGCGAUGUGGAUCUGACUGCCUUGGCCAAGGAGCUGCGAGCAGUGGAAGACGUGCGGCCGCCUCACAAAGUGACAGACUACUCCUCCUCCAGUGAGGAGUCGGGGACGACGGACGAAGAGGACGAGGAUGUCGAACAAGAAGGGGCUGACGAGUCUACGUCGGGACCGGAUGACACCAGAGCCGCGUCAUCUCUAAAUUUGAGCAAUGGUGAAACGGAAUCAGUGAAAACCAUGCUUGUCCACGAUGACGUAGAGAGUGAACCUGCCACUACCCCAUCCAAGGAGGGCACUCUGAUUGUCCGCCAGAGUGCAGUUGACCAAAAGCGUGCCAGCCACCAUGAGAGCAAUGGCUUUGCCGGCCGCAUUCACCUCUUGCCAGAUCUCUUACAGCAAAGCCAUUCCUCCUCCACCUCCUCCACCUCCUCCUCCCCAUCCUCCAGCCAGCCGACACCCACCAUGUCCCCACAGACACCCCAGGACAAGCUCACUCCUCACGAGACUCAGUCCGCUAGUAGCACACUCCAGAAACACAAAUCUUCCUCCUCCUUUACACCUUUUAUAGACCCCAGAUUACUACAGAUUUCUCCAUCUAGUGGGACAACAGUGACUUCUGUGGUGGGGUUUUCCUGUGAUGGAAUGAGACCAGAAGCCGUGAGGCAAGACCCUACCCGGAAGGGCUCAGUGGUCAAUGUGAACCCCACCAACACUAGGCCACAGAGCGACACCCCAGAGAUUCGGAAGUACAAGAAGAGAUUUAACUCAGAGAUCCUGUGUGCUGCCUUAUGGGGGGUGAACUUGUUGGUGGGCACAGAGAGUGGCCUGAUGCUGCUGGACAGAAGUGGCCAAGGGAAAGUGUAUCCCCUGAUCAACCGAAGACGGUUCCAACAGAUGGACGUCCUUGAAGGCUUGAACGUCUUGGUAACAAUAUCCGGCAAAAAAGAUAAGUUACGGGUCUACUAUUUGUCCUGGUUAAGAAAUAAAAUACUUCACAACGAUCCAGAAGUUGAGAAGAAACAGGGAUGGACGACUGUUGGGGAUUUGGAAGGAUGUGUGCACUAUAAAGUUGUAAAAUAUGAAAGAAUAAAAUUUCUGGUAAUUGCUUUGAAAAGUUCUGUGGAGGUCUAUGCAUGGGCACCCAAGCCAUAUCACAAAUUUAUGGCCUUUAAGUCAUUUGGAGAAUUAGUACAUAAGCCAUUACUGGUGGAUCUCACUGUUGAGGAAGGCCAGAGGUUGAAAGUGAUCUAUGGAUCCUGUGCUGGCUUCCAUGCUGUUGAUGUGGAUUCAGGAUCAGUCUAUGACAUUUAUCUACCAACACACGUAAGAAAGAACCCACACUCUAUGAUCCAGUGCAGCAUCAAACCCCAUGCAAUCAUCAUCCUCCCCAACACAGAUGGAAUGGAGCUUCUGGUGUGCUAUGAAGAUGAGGGGGUUUAUGUGAAUACGUAUGGAAGGAUCACCAAGGAUGUGGUUCUACAGUGGGGAGAGAUGCCCACAUCUGUAGCGUAUAUUCGAUCCAAUCAGACUAUGGGCUGGGGCGAGAAGGCCAUUGAGAUCCGAUCUGUGGAGACCGGCCACUUGGAUGGCGUGUUUAUGCACAAAAGGGCUCAGAGACUAAAGUUUUUAUGUGAACGCAAUGACAAGGUAUUUUUUGCCUCUGUCCGGUCUGGUGGCAGCAGUCAGGUUUACUUCAUGACCUUAGGCAGGACUUCUCUCCUGAGCUGGUAGAAGCAGUGCAAGCAGAGGGUUGCCGGCCUCCAGAGUCUUCAGGAUCCUGAGAACUUGGAAUUCCGUGAACUGGAGCUCAUACCUGCACCGCGAGCCCAGGACAGCUGUGUGUGCAGACAGUGCACACUGGGUUCUUUCUCUCCUCUCCCUCCUCCUCCUCUCUACCAGUUCAUCACCCCAUUCUCUUCUCUUCCUUACUCAAAAGUAAACCGAGGCUGCAGUGCAGCUGGUGCUUUCCCAUCCUACCAUCAGGUGCUAUCUGCAUGUGGGGCUGAGCACCAGGCUAGCGAGCAGACACCUUUCCUUCAGCUCCAGGAUUCCUUGUCUCUGAGUGACUGUCUUACGGCGUCCGAAGGCGGAGACCUUGGACGUGCUGUUGGUUUUAUGGGAAGUGGCACAAGGAGGUGAGAAGUAGUGGUAGAAGCAGCAGCUUGCUGAAGCAGAGAGCAGAUUUAAUAUAGUAACAUUAACAAUGUAUUUAAUUGACAUUUCUUUUUUUGUAAUGUGACAAUAUGUGGACAAAGAGGAAGGUGCAGGUUUAAGAAGUUAAUAUUUAUAAAAUGUGAAAGACACAGUUACUAGGAUAACUUUUUUUGUGGUUGGGGCUUGGGGGGUGGGGUGGGGUAAGGGCUCCCAUUUUGUUUCUUUUCUUUGCUUUUUUUUUUUUAAUUUAAAUUUUUAUUUUUAUUUUUGACCUGGCUAAGAUCUCAGUCAUUUUUCUGUGUACCAGGUUUUCCUAAAUCAUGUGCAGAUGGUUCUAAAAAAAAAAAGAAAAGAAAAGAAAAGAAAAAAGAAAAUGUGUGCAUUUUGUAUAAUGGCCAGAACUUUGUUGUGUCACAGUAUUAGCACUGCCUCAGUUAAAGGUUUAAUUUUUGUUUAAACCUAGAAGUGCAAACAGCAGUUUUACCCCAGUCUGUACUUGCAGAAGAAGAAAAAAAUUUUUAAACCACAUUUUUUUUUUUUUUUUUUUUGCCUACCUCAUUGUUUUUAAUGCAUUAAGAGGUGGUUUAUUAUAUGUUUUUGGAGGAAACAUUAACUUAAUACCAAAACUAUCAGAUUGAAGUUUGACUGUUAUUUUGUUACAAGCCUCAGUAGGAACAAGAAAAAUUGGCCGUGAAGAUGGGGAAAUAGCCUUUGGCUUUGUGAUGCAGUUUGCUUUCUAAACUUAGAAAGCAGAAGGCUUCAUUUUUACCAGAUUCGCCCUUACUGGUUGAUGGGCAGCUACAGCCUACAACACAUGGGGUCUCGUUGUUCUCAAUUUGGGGUUUAUUAGCAGACAGUGUUCACAUUAGAAUAGUCAUACAAACUGUUCAGUGUUGUAGGAGCCUUUUCAGGGUGGGGGGGGGUGGUAAUUCCCUUUUCUAAAAAUGCAAUGCACUAAAACUAUUUUAAGACUGUAAUUAAUACGGCUUAUUCAUAAAAUGGCAUCUUCCUGUGUUUUAGGCGUAAUACCCAAGCCCUGGCUUUUCUCUUUCUCUGACUUGCUCUCUUGUUCUCUCUCUGUUUUUUAAACCAGUUUUACUUUUUGAAUAUGUUCAUGACAUUUGUAAUAAAUGUCUUGGGUAAUAAUU